AUGGUAUUCUCUUUCUCUUUCAUCGUUUAUCCGGCGAUGGUCCUGGCUUACGCCGGCGAGACAGCCUAUUUAAUCAAACACCCUGAUAAAAUCACCGACGCCUAUUUCAGUUCCGUUCCAAAACCCGUGUUCUGGCCGAUGUUCAUUCUCUCCAACCUCGCCGCCAUUGUUGCAAGCCAGUCUAUGAUAUCUGCGUGCUUUUCUAUAGUGAAGCAGUCUCAGGCUCUGGGUUGCUUCCCUCGGGUUUCAUAUAAUUCAUACUUCUUCAAAGCAUGA